AUGAGUGUUCUCGUGUGGAACUGCCAAGGUGCAGCGUCACAACCGUUUCGCCGCACCCUUAAACAGUACCUCCGUGAGCACAAACUUGUCAUCGCCUGUCUCCUGGAACCCAGGGUCUCCGGGAGCCAUGCUAAUGAAAUUUGUUUUGACUUAGAUUUUGAUGAAUGGUACAGAAUUGAAUGCUUUGGUUUUUCUGGAGGCAUAUGGGUAUUAUGGAAAAACACCAUAUCGGUUAAAAUCCUACAUACCCACCCCCAGUUUAUGGUCUUGGAGGUCUCCGACCCCAGUGCUAAUAAUUGGAAGCUGUCAGUGGUUUAUGGUAGCCCUGACUCCUCCCUUAGAAAAGAGUUAUUUUCUUGCCUCUCACAGGACGAACUGAAUUUGCAGGGAGCAUGGCUUGUGGCUGGUGAUUUCAAUGCGGUUACAUGUAAAGAUGAAGUUUCAAGUGGAUCUAAUUUUUCCAGUUCUCGGUGCACGAGUUUCAAAGAUUGGCUGGCCAAGGAGGGACUAAUUGAUCUUGGAUACUCGGGAGCCAAAUUCACUUGGUUUAGAGGCCUUAGCUCGCCAUCUUUCAAAGCUGCUCGAUUGGAUCGUGCCAUUUGCAGCGUGGACUGGAGACUACAGUUCCCGGAUGCUGAAGUCGUUCAUCUACCCAUAGUCAGUUCGGAUCACGCCCCGCUGCAUAUCCGUACCAGGCUAUCGAAGCUUAGAUCUCAACCUAAGAAAUUCAGAUACAAUGCCAUGUGGGCGACUCACCCUAAUUUCCUACAAUUUGUGGAGAAAAACUGGUCCAAGGAGCAUGAGUUAGAUCAGAACAAGGUUAACUUGGCAGCUAAAUUUCAGGAGUGGAACAAGAACACCUUCGUGAACAUUCAUCACCGGAAGAAACAAGUGUUGGCUAGAUUGGGAGGAGUUCAGCGCAAUCUGGCCAUUAAUGGCAGGCCUGAUCUCAUCAAGCUUAACAAAAAAGUACGGAAGGAACUAGAGGAGAUUUUGCUUCAAGAAGAACUAUUGUGGUUCCAACGAUCCCGAGAGAACUGGAUCACAUCCGGGGAUCACAAUACUAGGUUCUACCACGUUGCUACGAUAGCAAAGAAGGCGGUCUCCAAAAUCAAUAUGCUCAAGGAUGAACAAGGGGUAUGGUUGGAGGGUGACGACUUGAUUAGAGAUCACAUUUUCAACCACUUUGUCAACCUAUUUACUGAGGACAGCGAUGCCCUGGCCACACCUAACACGAAUGGCUCUUUUCCCCCGCUCCUAAAACUAGACUGGGAUCUCGUAAACAGACCAUUCUCGCCACUUGAAAUCAAGCAAGCUCUAUUUGACAUGGAUGCUUUCUAG